UCGGGGGGCGGUGGGGGGGGGUCCUGCCCACCGGCGGCCGUGGGGCCCGGAGCCCCCCUGCGCUGCGUGGCGGCCCAGCCCCGCGGGAGUAAAGCCCGGCUGAGGACAGAGGUGAAGUGACCCGCUGGGAGGAUCCUGGCAUCUCCGGGAGCCGCCGGCGGGGCGGGGGCGUCCCCAGGAGCCUGGCCCGCGCACGCCUCGUCCUCGCUUUUUCCCCAAACGCCGUCCUCGUCCUCGUGCAGGGCGGGAGCGUCCCCUGGAGCAGGGGCGCCGUUCGCCGCUCCUUCCCGUGCGGCCGCCUCAGUAAGCCGUGCCUCCCGCUCAGGCUCGGCCCGAGCCGGGCUCGAGCUCAGGCCGUCGUUCCUCCGCAAGAGGCCGCGGUGGGAGCUCGGCCACCGAGAAACCCCGCCGGCGAGCAGCCUCGAACGCGGCCGCAGCAGCCCCAGCUGCGUCGCCCCUGCAGAGAGGGACAAUUAAUGGCGCGUGCGGAGACCGUUCCAGAUGUCGGGAGGGUCUGAGGAAAAGGCGUCUCCCAACGCGCGGGCUUGGAGGUGCAGAGAAUUGGGCGUUGUGUGAAGGUGGAUGAGGACAAAACUUGGGAGGGUUUUAAAACCCAAGAGCAUAAUCUUGAACUGCGCUUGGAACAUGCGACUGAAUUAUGUAAUUUGUUUUUCCUCUUCCCACACUUUUCAUUCCCCCAGUAACAAAAUCACCUUGAUGCUUCGCUGUGUAGCGUUAGGAAGCGGUCCCUAACGGCGUAACAGAUACCGGUGCUGUAAAACACUGCAGGGGCCUUCUGCAUCGCUCUGUCUCGCUGUACCUCUGGCACGAGGAACACGGACUCCUCUGCAGCGUGUGUGCAGCAGAAAGGAUCGGUCCCAGGCACGUUCUGGGUGGUGAAAGAUGAGAGGAUCACGAUGCCUGCUGGAAGGGUUCCCGCCUAGGAGGGGAAGCUCUGUCUUAGAAACCUUCCUCCCUGCGCUGUUGUGCUCUUGCCAAAAGCUAACAUGUGGGUUUGCUUGGCUGGCACCGAGUCUGCGGGGCCGGGCUGGUAAGCUGCAGAGCCCAGAAAAGCCGCUCUGUUAUCGGCUGUUAAAGUUACUAGAAAGAUGGCAUUGUGGGGAACCGUGUUUGCCAUCUCUGUACCAUCGGAUCAGAUGUUCCCAGCUAUCGUGAUCGGCAGGCGAGGAGAAAUCCUCUGCGGGGAGAGCGUAUCUAUUGGCAGAUUCCUGCUGGCUCUCUUUGGUGGGGAUUUUAAAAUAAUGCCUCGCUCCGUCUUUCGAGAGCUGCUCCGCGAAGCCCGCGGUCCCCGCAGGUCCGGAGCCGCCGCGCUCGCUGCCGCGGGGCUCUCGAGGACGACGCUUACGAAGCGCCGCGUCUCCCCGUCGGGGCAUAGGCAGCGGUGGUCUGGUUCUGCCUGGGGCACAGCUCUGCCUCUGCUUGUCCUCUGCAGCGCUGCGGUACCCAGCCGGCGGGCUUCAUGUGAGAGAUGGCGAAUGCCGAAGUGAGCGUCCCGGUGGGUGAUGUGGUGGUCGUACCAAGUGAAGCAAACGAAGGGGAGAGCCCGGAGGAUACCAAAACCCAAGUGAUCUUACAGCUCCAGCCGGUGCAGCAAGGGAUUUACCAAGAGGGCUCUGAGGCCAGCGCCGCCGUGGUGGCUGUUGAAACACACACCAUACACAAACUAGAAGAAGGGAUUGACCCCAGCACCAUUGAAACGAACGAGGAGAUCGAGAUUGCCUAUCCCAUCACCUGCGGGGAGAGCAAAGCCAUCCUGCUUUGGAAGAAGUUUGUCUGUCCAGGAAUUAAUGUCAAGUGUGUAAAGUUCAACGACCAACUGAUAAGCCCAAAGCAUUUUGUUCACCUGGCUGGAAAGUCUACCUUAAAGGACUGGAAGAGAGCCAUUCGUCUUGGAGGAAUCAUGCUGAGGAAGAUGAUGGACUCAGGGCAAAUCGACUUCUACCAGCAUGACAAAGUUUGCACCAACACCUGCCGAAGCACCAAGUUUGACCUCCUGAUCAGCAGUGCCAGAGCACCAGUGCCAGGACAGCAGAGCGUGGUGCAGACUCCCACAUCAGCUGAUGGGAGCAUCACCCAGAUUGCGCUGUCGGAGGAGAGCAUGGAGGAGGGGAUCGAGUGGAACUCAGCUCUGACAGCUGCCGUCACCAUGGCCACUGAAGAAGGCAUGAAAAAGGACACAGAUGAGAUCUCGGAGGACACACUGAUGUUCUGGAAGGGAAUAGCUGACGUGGGACUGAUGGAAGAGGUCGUCUGCAACAUCCAGAAGGAGAUAGAAGAGGUGCUGAGAGGUGUUCAGCAGAGACUGGGUCAGUCUCCCUUCCAAAUGACAGAUGCUGCAGUCUUGAAUAACGUUGCUCACACGUUUGGCCUAAUGGACACAGUCAAGAAGGUGUUGGACAACAGGAAAAACCAGACAGAGCAAGGAGAAGAGCAGUUUCUUUACACUCUGGCAGACCUGGAGCGCCAGCUGGAAGAGCAGAAAAAACUCGCCAAGGACCAGAAGGCGAAAUCGCAGACCAUCCAGAACGUGGUGUUGAUGCCCGUCAGUGCUCCCAAGCCCCCCAAGAGACCCCGCCUGCAGCGCCCAGCCUCCGCCACUGUCCUCAGUCCCUCCACCCCCAUCCAGCAGCCUCAGUUCACGGUCAUCUCACCCAUUGCCAUUGCACCCGUUGGACAGCAGUUCUCAGUGGGCAAUAUCCCGGUGGCAACCAUUAGCCAAGGCUCCAGCCCGGUGACUGUUCAUACCUUGCCAACUGGCUCUCAGCUCUUCCGAUAUGCCACCGUGGUGUCCUCCUCCAAGAACAGCUCCUCCGACACAGUGACCCUCCACCCGUCCUCCAGCCUGGCGCUGCUGAGCUCGGCAGCGAUGCAGGACAGUGGUGCCCUGGCGAACGUAGCGGCUGUGGUGAACCCCGUGGAACUAGUGGCCAUGGAGUCUGGCCUCACCUCCACCAUCCAAGCCGUGGAGGGCACCUCGGACGACGGACAGACCAUCAUAGAGAUCGACCCAGCGCCGGAUCCUGAGGCGGAUACAGACGAUUCGGAGGGCAAAGCUGUGAUCCUGGAGACAGAGCUGAGGACUGAGGAGAAAGUGGUGGGAGAUGUGGAGGACCAUCAGCACCAGGUCCAUAAUGUGGAGAUUGUGGUCUUAGAGGACUAGUAGGGAAGGCGAGCAUCAGUUUGGGGAAGAGCUGGGGAUUUGUCUUAUUUUGGGUUUUUUUGUUAAACAUUUUUUUCCAGCCACCCCAUUUGUUUCCAUGGAUAUUUUCAUUGUACAGUAUAUAAAAUAUAUAUAUUAUAUAUAUAUAUAUAUAUAAAUUUUUUAAACAAAAAAGGUGGAGAAACACGUGAGACCUAGAAAAGGCUCCAUCUCCAUGGAGCACUGAACAAUACUGCCUGUUUGUAGGGUCAAGAAGAGACUGGAUCUCUGCUGAACAACCCACAGCAGGGAGGAACUGGGCAAGGGCUCCCAACGCUGAGAGCGCACGGUGGCACAGGCCACACGCAUGGUGCUUCUGACCCAGGCCUGCCCAUGGCCGGGACAAUUUUAUUUCAGAGAGACAAUAACCAGUGACUGGAGUGUUGACAUGAUUGUGGGAAGGGGGUGAUGGCUUUGGGGUGGAACAGGUACCUCAUUUGUGUUUUUAUUUUCCUCCAGGGAAGGAAAUUCUGUUGGACUUUUCACUGUCACCUCAGCUGGGAUUUUUUUAUUAUUUUUGCUUUGGGGAAGAAAACAGUAACCUUGGCUUUACUGUCCAUGUUCUCCUUCUCCACACAAGUUGUUUUUAUAUCAAUAUUUUUUGUAUUUGUUUGCUUCCUUCCCUUGUCCAGAUUUGCCAGAUGCAAAGUCUUGGACUUGCUCUUGCUGGUCUUGGGUUCCCAAAUCCAGCCUCUUCCUGCGGCACCUUUCCUCCUUCCCAUUCCCCACCUGGUCAGGCUCGGUGCUACAGACACUGUUUGGAGACUCCGAGAUCACUUCAGCCUUGUACAUAAAGGCAAAAAAAAAAAAAAAAAGAAAAAAAAAGAAAGAAAAAAAAAUCAACUCAAGCUUAAAAACCACAGCCUCCCUCUUCGCUGUUCAGCAUAGCGCUGCAGGGACCUUCGGGAUGUACAAAGCAUGUUGUGCUGUUGCUUUUCGGGAGAGCUGGACUCCGGAUCGGGGCACCUUCUGUUUACACUGUGUGCUGGGGCUGCUCCGUGCUUGUCGCUACUUGUUUGGUGGUUUUAUUUUUGUAUUUUCUUCUUUCUUCCUUUAAUCUCUUUGCAGGAUUAGAACUGGCACGUUGCUGAAAUAAUGUGGCUGCCCCUCCGCUCUGCCGCCUUCCCUUUCUCUUCGCCGGCGGGUCCCUUUGAGCUUCGCCGCGGCGGGAGGAAGGAAGGGGGAGAAUCGCUGGGUGCCGUCUGAGCUGCGGAGGUU